CGUGAUUGUCUGUUGUGCUGAAUUCGAGAAAUACGAUGUUUCUUUUAAAACCAAAUGUUGUAGUUCCGACGGAUCUAAAUUUUGUGCUCGCCUUAUUUAGAUUUAGAAAAUGUUCCAGAUCGGAUCCGGUACUCGCUCAAACCCGAUCUUUUUCAGGAGAAUUGCACGAAAACGAAAGUUGAAUGGAUCCUGUAUCUCGAUCAAGGAAGAACAACAUCCGGGCGAGAUCGAUCUAAAUUGAGUUUAGAUUACUGAGAGCGGUUCGGGAAAGUUGAAAUAACUGCGAUGCCGUGACCCGCAGCCGUGGAUUCAAGGGCUCAAUCUUUAUCUCAAUUCACAAUCAAUCUCACAGGGAACAUUACUGCAGACUAGGUAGUAGUGAAAACAUUCAAAAUCCAAGAUGGGAAAGGUCCACGGUUCUUUGGCUCGUGCCGGAAAGGUGAAGAGGCAGACCCCGAAGGUUGCCCCGCAAGGUACAUGUUUUUUCCUGUUUUUUUUUCUGCUACCGUCUGAAUCUUCUAAUUCAGGAUCAGGAAUGCUAGCAAUUGGUGUAUGCUGAGGCAACAGUGGUUAUGAGUGCUCGUACUCUCGCUUUUUCACGAAUUUCGGAAUCUGCUAUGCACAAGCAGAGUUUUGAAGAAAUAAGCUUAGCUUCUAAAUGGACAUAAUCAAAAACAAUACAGCCGACAAGAAGAAGGCCCCGACCGGCCGCUACAAGAAGCGAUUGAUUUACGCCAAGCGCUUCGUCAACGUCGUCAAGGGCCCGAACGCCAAGCGCUCCCCGAACAGCAACGCUAAGUAAGGAGCGACCAGGGGAUGCCUACGUCGGAAUUCUAACUUCCAUCCGCGAGUUAGUAGAUAUGCACGAGGAUCUUUCGGAUUUUUGAAGUGAUUCUAGUCUGCAGAACUUCAAC